AAGAAAGUAGUACCACGUGCGAACUACGAAACUCGCCAGAGGAAAUAAAUCCUUCCGGAGUGACUGCGGCUCAUCACGAUGAAUCCGCUCACCAAAGUGAAACUCAUCAAUGAACUGAAUGAAAAAGAGGCUGAACUAGAUGUCAAAGACAGCGUGUCCUGGCAUUCAGUAUAUAAGGAGAGCGCCUGGAUCUUUAUCGGUGGAAUUCCGUAUGAGCUGACAGAAGGAGACAUCAUCUGUGUAUUCUCUCAGUACGGAGAGAUUGCCAACGUCAAUUUGGUGCGAGAUAAAAAGACGGGCAAAUCCAAAGGAUUCUGCUUCCUGUGCUAUGAAGAUCAAAGGAGCACCAUUCUGGCUGUGGAUAACUUUAAUGGAAUAAAGAUUAAGGGCCGAACCAUACGUGUGGACCAUGUAGCAAAUUAUCGACCACCAAAGGACACCGAUGACAUUGAUGAUGUCACUAAACAUUUGCGAGAACGGGGAUGUGCUCCCAAAGUCCCCCCACCAUCCUCCUCUGAGUCAGAAUCUGAGAAAGAGUAUGCUGUACCUGUGAAAAAGCCCCAAAAAGAUAAAAAGGAGAAGAAAAAAAAGAAAAAGGAGAAGAAAGAGAAGAAAAAGGCACUAAAGGAAGAGAAACAAGCACGGACUGAGACGUCAAUGUCUUCUCCUGUCAGAGUGAAGAAGGAGAAAGAGGACACGAUAUAUGAGAAGUAUGCCACGAAAGGACUGGCAGGAAGCAGAAGGGACAGAUCGGGACAAGACUUCAGGAAUCCACAAGACACUGCAGAUGAGGUGGACAGAUUCAGAGAUAGGUAUGGAGGUGAGAGGGAAAGGGAUAGAGAAGAAGACAAAAAGAUAGACAAGAACAGAGAGGAUAAACGACAUGAAGACACACGACAGCGAGACAGGGAGGGAGACAGAGUAAGAGGUGUUGAUAGAGAGAAAAAUGGGGAAAGAGAACGAGACAGAGAGCGUGAGAGAGAAAGGGAACGUGAUAGAGUCAGGGAACGAGAGAGACACCGGGAGAGAGACAGAGGAAAUGACAGAGGGUUUGCCAAACACAGAGAUCACAGUUGUGAAAGAGAACACAGGCGAAAUUGAGCAGAUAGUAAUUGACUUUUUUUUUUAAUAUAUAUAUAUAUAUACAAAAUUUACUUUUUUUUGUGUACCUCAGAAAUGUUAAUAAAUGUUUAGAAUUUUUAAAUAUCUGUCUGGAAUAAUUAACUGUAGAAUGGCUAUCUGACAAUAAGUUACACACAAUACACUCAUUUGACAAAUAAAUUCAAACUUUAUUUGAAUUGAAAUGGUACAAAGACCAAAAAACUUGUUUAAAGGCAGAGUGAGUGAUUUUUCAAAAACACUUUAGAAAACUGAUUCGGGCCGAAUCGCAAAACAA